UCUCCUGAACGGAAUUUCCACGAGCACGGACAAACCGAACAACAUUUGACAUUUUUUCACCGGUUCUACGGACUUUCUCAAAACGGUUCCCAGGAGAGAAUCUUCGGUCCGAGUGUCAGCCACCCAAGAGAGUGUCAGCUCUGAGUCUCAGCUCAGACCACCGCACUCUGCAAUGGCGAACUGGGCGACGACCGUCGCCUUUGGGCUCCUCCCCCGGACAUGAACCCCACUUCUUCUUCUUCAUCUUCUUCAUCACACCGCCUAAAGCUUCAAUCUUUGCUGGCAACCGCAUAGGAAUGGCUCUCUCGCAGAUUGGGUCUCUGGUCCCGCUCACAGAAACCCUAGAGGAGAACUCUGCGAUCCCCAAAGUUCCCAUCUCUGAAGGCCCCAACGUCAUCGGACGCAAUGUUCUACCUUUACCGGACAAGAGACUCAGCCGCAAGCAUUUUACCUUGACCGCCUCUAGCGAUGGGUCUGCUUCCUUAUGCGUGGAAGGGUCGAACCCGGUUGUAAUCAAUACAGGUAAAGAAAGGAAGAAGAUUGGUAGUCAAGAAAAGGCGGAUGUUAGACCCGGGUGUGUCAUAGAGUUGAUUCCUGGGCAUCACUUCUUCAGGUAUGAAGUGUUAGGUAGGGAUAUAAAUGGUUGUAGAGAGGACUCUAGUAGGAGUGUUUCUUCUAAUGGUGGGAAAAGGCCCUCUGAACUCGAGGACUCGAGUAGGAAGAGAGUUCGAGAAGAAACCCAAAAUCAGCAUGCUGGUCAGAACUCUCAGGCUAAAAUGGAAGUUAGUGAUGUGGAGGCUCUUCGUCACUUUAAUAUUCCCAAAGAAAAGUUACCGCUGACCUUUCAGCUCAUGCGAGUUCAAGGUCUUCCUACGUGGGCAAAUACCUCUGCUGUUUCUAUAAGUGAUGUUAUACAGGGGGAUAUUGUUCUCUCUAUCCUUUCAAAUUACAUGGUGGACAUUGAUUGGUUGAUACCUGCAUGUCCUGCUCUUGCAAAAGUUCCCCAUGUACUGGUUGUUCACGGGGAGGGUGACGGCACUCUCGAUCAUAUGAAGAGAAGAAAGCCUGCGAAUUGGAUUCUUCACAAACCUCCGCUGCCUAUUUCAUAUGGAACGCACCAUUCAAAGGCCAUGCUUCUAGUCUACCCAAGAGGAGUUCGGGUUAUUGUGCAUACCGCGAAUUUGAUAUAUGUGGACUGGAACAAUAAAAGUCAAGGCUUGUGGAUGCAAGACUUUCCCUGGAAGGAUCAGAACAGUCCAAAGAAAGGCUGCGGGUUUGAAGAUGAUUUAGUUGAUUAUCUUACUACGCUGAAGUUCCCUGAAUUCAACAUCAAAGUACCAUCUGUUGGCGACUUUACAAUCAACCCAUCUUUCUUCAGGAAGUUCGACUAUAGAGAUGCUGCUGUCAGGUUAAUUGCAUCAGUUCCAGGGUAUCACACGGGCCCCAAUUUAAAGAAGUGGGGUCACAUGAAGCUUAGAAGCGUGCUUCAAGAGUGUACCUUUGAUAAAGAGUUUCAGAAGGCUCCUCUAAUUUAUCAGUUCUCCUCCCUUGGUUCAUUAGAUGAGAAAUGGAUGGCUGAGCUUGCAUCCUCAAUGUCGGCAGGUUCUUCAGAAGAUAAAAAACCUCUUGGUCUUGGGGACCCACAAAUUAUAUGGCCUACAGUGGAAGAUGUUCGGUGUUCUUUAGAGGGUUAUGCUGCUGGAAAUGCCAUCCCAGGCCCACUAAAGAAUGUUGAGAAGGAAUUUUUGAAGAAGUAUUGGGCGAAAUGGAAGGCAAACCAUACUGGCCGCUGUCGUGCAAUGCCCCAUAUAAAGACAUAUACACGUUACAAAGGUCAAAAGCUAGCUUGGUUACUGCUGACUUCGGCAAAUCUGAGUAAAGCUGCCUGGGGUGCCCUUCAGAAGAACAACUCUCAGUUGAUGAUUCGUUCUUAUGAGUUGGGAGUGCUAUUUUUACCUAAUUCCAUGAGAAGAGAAGGUCAUGUAUUUUCUUGUACAAAUGGAGGCACUCCAUCGAAGGGUACUGGCUUGCCUUCAGAAGAAUCAGAGGUGAAGAGAACAAAACUCGUGACCUUGCUGGGACAAGGAUGUGAGAAAACCGACUUAUCCUCGGAAGUUAUUCCAUUGCCUGUGCCUUAUGAACUUCCCCCGAGGCCAUAUUCCUCUGAAGACGUCCCGUGGUCGUGGGACCGGAGAUACAACAAGAAAGAUGUGUAUGGUCAAGUUUGGCCGCGGCCGGUUCAGCUCUACGCUUUUCAAGAUUCUUAACCUUUCCAAAACAGCUUAACCUUUUAACUUAGGUAUUAUUAUCUGCUAUGUUAGGUCCGCAGUCUGUCAUUUGAUGUUAAUUAGUAAAUGGUGCUAAAUUGAAAACUGUAAUCUGAACUAAGGUUCUGUUUGCCGCGAUUAAAAUUGUUUCCUGUCGGGUUGGAAUAUUUAUCGAGAAGAGUUAUGUAUGCUGCUGAGGAAUUAUUCCUCGAGGAUGUGACUCAGCAAAGCAAUAUAAUCAAAGUGAGCAUUGUAUCAGUUGAUAUGCAUGUCUGCGAGGAAAACAAUGCAAAUGAUAUUGAAGGAUGUUGAAAUAGAAAAUUUAUGAAACUCUGCAGAGCCAAAAA